AUGGCGGAGAGCAGUGAGAAAUUGUAUCCUAAUUGUAACAGCAGUGUCUGGCUGAGGUCGUGUGAUGUGGAGGUGACGCAGCCCUUACCAGGCAGGAUCACAGGAAAAAUGCCAACCUGGUUACGAGGUAGUUUACUAAGAAAUGGUCCAGGAUCUUUGAAUGUGGGUUCAAUGCGUUUCGAACAUUUGUUUGACAGUUCAGCACUUGUACACCGAUUUUCAAUCUUGGAUGGAGCAGUGACGUAUCAAUGUAGGUUCGUGCGCACCAACACGUUCAAGAGGAACCGCGCGGCGAAUCGAAUUGUGGUCACUGAAUUCGGUACGAAAGCGGUGCCUGACCCUUGUCACACUAUUUUUGACAGAGUUGCUUCUAUAUUCAAGCCUGCAGAAUUGUCGGACAAUACAAUGAUAUCCUUGUAUCCUUUCGGUGAUGAAAUAUACACUUUUACGGAAGGUCCAUUUAUUCACAGGAUAGACCCGAAAACGCUAGACACAUUAGAGAGGAAAGAUAUGAUGAAGUGCGUUGCUGUUGUAAAUCAUACGUCACAUCCCCACGUCAUGCCGAAUGGUGACGUCAUCAACGUUGGCAUGUCAAUAGUUAAAGGCAGAUUACGUCACGAUGUUGUCAAAUUUCCUUACACAGAAAAGGGUGAUAUGUUCGAGCGAGCUCAUAUUAUUGGUAGUAUGAAACCUCGAUGGACGAUGCAUCCUGCGUACAUGCACACUUUUGGUGUAACGGAGAACUAUUUCGUGAUAAUCGAACAACCUCUGACAGUAUCUAUUUGCGGCGUGCUCCGCAACCAGCUGACGAUGCAAAGCAACGCAGAGUACGCGGAGUGGUUCCGCGGUCGGCCGAAGCGGCUGGAGGUAGCGUUAGCGGCGCCGACAAUGACCAAGGUGACGCCGCGACUGCUCGCGGACUUGGGCUGCGAGACGCCUAGGAUAAAUUACGACUUGUGUAACGGGAGGCCGUAUAGAUAUUUCUACGCGAUCAGUUCAGAUGUCGAUGCUGAAAAUCCAGGAGCGAUAAUCAAAGUUGACACGUCGACUGGUGAAAGCUGGUCUUGGUGUGAAUCUGACUGCUAUCCAAGUGAACCUGUCUUUAUUUCAGAUCCAGGUUCCCGGGAAGAACAUGGCGGGAUACUAUUAAGUGCGUUGCUAUGGGGAUCACAGGAAUGCUCCUUAGGUCUUCUAGUCCUAGACGCUCGAACAAUGAAAGAAAUCGCACGUGUUGAUUUCGAAACUCCCUCUCCAGCACCCAAAUGUCUCCACGGAUGGUUCCUGCCCGAAAAGUGUGAAGGAGACUUAAAAUAAA